AUGGCAAAGCCAACAAGCUUACUCCAAGAGGUGAGCGUGAGAGGUUGGCAAUCGAGUUUUGCUCUGAAAUUGGGCCACGUAUUGGACGGCGGUUGCGACAGAGGGUCGAAAACUCCCCAUUCGGGCACCAAUGACGAAUUCGAUGGGUUGAAAAGGAACCUCCGAGCAGCCCAUCGCGAACACUUUUCUCCCGUUGACGAGACCACCGGCGAUGGCCCCGCAUACGAACAGCACCGCGCCGGAGAGCCGUUCGAGAUGCCACAAGUCUCAGCCGCACCAGGUCGAGGAAAGUCGCGAUCCGCUGCAGCCCUAGCGUCGGCGAUCGAUCUCCAGCCGUCCUCGCCGUCGCAGCCGCGAAGAAACGACCGCACCUUGACGGGGAGGCAAAACGCCACCUCUCCGACACCACCCCAAAUCGCCGCCCCCUGA